GUGUUAAUCAAUUAGCACUAUAUAUGAGGCAUUCAAUGACUAUUAUUGACAUAGCAAGUUUGACAAUCCGCCGAGGAUAGAUUGUACAUUUUCGAAUACCUAUACAUAAAAUUUGAUGUCGUGGAUAUUACAACGCAUUUUGAAUUGGGUGAGAUACCUGGUUUUAAGGAUCAUUAAGACUGGCGAGAUACCUACACACGUGGCGUUUAUCAUGGAUGGUAACAGACGUUACGCAAAUAAAAGAAGCAUAGCCAAGAAAGAGGGACACUCAAAGGGAUUUAAAAUACUGAUGAAAGCAUUGAAAUGGGGCUUGGAACUUGGUAUUACAGAGAUCACAGUUUAUGCUUUUAGCAUAAAUAACUUCAAUCGUAGUGAAGAAGAAGUCAAUGAUCUCAUUGAUCUUAGCAGGCAGAAGUUCAAAGGUUUUUUAGAAGAAUUAGACAAACUGAAGGACGCUGGAGUUUGCAUUCGUGUGUUUGGUAACUGGUCCUUGCUUCCAAAAGAUGUAUGCCAAAUAAUUGCUCAAUGUAUGAUCGCCACGAAGGAUAAUAAUAAAAUAAUUUUAAAUAUAGCUUACUCUUAUACAUCAAGGGAUGAACUUACUCAUGCAAUUAAAGACAUAUUAAAAGGUAUAAAACAUAAAAAUAUCUUACCAGAAGAUAUUAACGAAGAUUUGAUUUCUAAUUGCUUAUACACUUACAAAUCCUCAAAUCCAGAUUUAUUAAUUCGUACUUCCGGAGAAUUUCGACUUAGUGACUUUCUCACGUGGCAAAUUUCUAACACUUGCAUUUACUUUACCGAUGUUUUAUGGCCUGAGUUAACUCCAUGGAAAUUGCUCGCUGCAAUCUUUUAUUACCAAAGCUGUUCUGACUUGCGAAAAGUUAAGAAUAAUUUAAAACCUAUUGUGCAUAAUAGUAGAGUAUCUAUGUUUGUUGAUAAAAUACAUCACGAACGCAAAACUAUGAUUGAAAAUAUCAGCAAUAAUUACGAGCAAUUAAGUUCUGAAAAUGUCUGAAAUAUUCUAAUAAGUGUCAGUAAAAGAUGCUGAAAAUUU